GUAAAGUGUCAAUUAUAAAAGGGGGCGGGGUUUAUCAGCAUCUGACCAGUUACACUUUCUUCUGGUCACCGCUUAAAGCUAGGCUAACAACACCGACGCUAUCCAGUCUGUUGCGUUCUAAUAACAACCCAAACUAACUAAAAGUUUAAAUGAAAUAAGUGGCAUAAAAUACAUUUAAAUUUGACAUUUUUUUAAAGGUAUUUUGAGAAAGAAUUACAUUUCGACUUGGAAGGAGGCGCGUUAGGUUGAGCUAACGGUUUUGAGCCAAGGCCAGAAAAGGUAGCAACGAGGAAAAGGAUUAAAUUUGUAAAAGGUGUGGGGUUUUUUUUUUUUAUUAGUAUUUAUUGUCUGGACGCGUGCCACCAAAAUGAGAGGUUCUUAUGGAGACAGAGAGAGAGACCGAGGUCGUGACAGAGGUAGUCCUCGGUUUGGGUCCAGUCGAGGCGGAGCACCUGGUAAAAAGUUCGGAAACCCAGGGGAUCGUUUGCGCAGGAAGAAAUGGGAUCUGGACCAGCUGCCCAAAUUCGAGAAGAAUUUCUACACCGAACAUUCUGAAGUGCAGCGAAUGAGCCAGUUUGAUGUUGAGGAAUUUCGCCGAAAGAAGGAAAUCACAGUUCGUGGUUCCGGAUGCCCAAAGCCGGUCACCAGCUUCCAUCAGGCCCAGUUUCCCCAAUAUGUGAUUGACGUGCUGAUGCAGCAGAAUUUCAAAGAGCCCACAGCCAUCCAGGCACAAGGGUUCCCUCUGGCCCUCAGUGGGAGAGACAUGGUGGGAAUCGCUCAGACUGGCUCUGGGAAGACUUUAGCGUAUCUCCUGCCCGCUAUAGUUCACAUCAAUCAUCAGCCUUAUUUGGAUCGAGGAGAUGGACCUAUUUGUCUGGUUUUAGCUCCAACAAGAGAACUGGCUCAGCAGGUCCAGCAGGUGGCAUGCGACUAUGGGAAAUCCUCCCGUAUCAAAAGCACUUGUGUAUACGGGGGCGCUCCGAAGGGACCUCAGAUUCGGGAUCUGGAGAGAGGUGUUGAGAUCUGCAUCGCCACUCCAGGACGGCUGAUCGACUUUCUUGAGUCGGGAAAGACCAACCUGCGGCGCUGCACCUACCUCGUUCUGGAUGAAGCCGACCGUAUGCUGGACAUGGGCUUCGAGCCGCAGAUUCGCAAAAUCGUGGACCAGAUAAGGCCGGACAGACAAACGCUCAUGUGGAGCGCCACCUGGCCUAAAGAGGUGCGGCAGCUGGCAGAAGACUUCCUCAAAGAUUAUGUCCAGAUCAACAUUGGCGCUCUGGAGCUGAGUGCCAAUCACAACAUCCUGCAGAUUGUGGACGUGUGUAUGGAGAGCGAAAAGGACCAAAAGUUGAUCCAGCUGAUGGAAGAGAUCAUGGCUGAGAAGGAGAACAAGACCAUCAUCUUUGUAGAGACCAAGAAACGCUGCGACGACCUCACACGCAGGAUGAGGCGUGACGGGUGGCCAGCAAUGUGCAUUCAUGGAGAUAAGAGUCAGCCAGAGAGAGACUGGGUGUUGUCGGAGUUCCGUAGCGGUAAAGCUCCCGUCCUCAUCGCGACUGACGUGGCUUCACGGGGUUUAGAUGUGGAAGAUGUCAAGUUUGUCAUCAAUUACGACUAUCCCAACUCCUCCGAGGACUACAUCCAUCGCAUCGGCCGCACCGCCCGCAGCACCAACAAAGGCACGGCCUACACCUUCUUCACUCCGGGGAACGUCCGGCAGGCCCGGGAGCUCAUCCGGGUGCUGGAGGAGGCCCGGCAGGCCAUCAACCCCAAACUGCUGCAGCUGGUGGAGACCGGACGGGGAGGAGGCGGUGGAGGCGGUCGAUCCCGUUUCCGCGGCUCCAACUCAAACAAUCCCAACCUGAUGUAUCAGGACGAGUGUGAUCGGCGGAUGCGCUCUGUGGGCGGAGGCAGCAGCAAGGAGGGAAACGGCUACGGCAGAGAUAACCGUGGAGGAACCGGCUCCUCUUCCUCCUCCUCCUCCUACAGAGACCGGAGCAGCCGGGACGGGGGCCGCAACUCCUACGACCAGUACCAGAACAACGGCUCGUUCGGCAGCUCCAGGGCCAGCGCGGCGACGGGUGGAGCCACAGGGGGCCAGGCCCCACCUCCUCUAACAGGCCCCCAGCCGUUAAUGUCCCAGCAGUUCAACCCGCCCCAGCCGAUGAUGGGCCUAAUGGGCCAAUCCUCAUACCAGUUUGCUCCCCCGCCGCCGUCGAUCCCAAACAGGAAAUGAUGUCACACUUUAAAAAAACUCCAGCAUCUGAACUUAAAGCUUUGUUUUUGUUUACACCGUGUCAAGAUGGAUCAUUUUUAGGUUCUCACUUUUGUGUUUGUGCGUCCUGGUGUGCAACAGGUAGGUGCUUACAUUCAAAUACAGUUGAUUUCCACUUCUGUCUUUAAAUAUUAAACUUCUGAUUCAGUUUUAGGUAAAAAUUGAGAACUUUGCUUUGUUUUCCCCCUGUUUGUAAACAGCAACAGUCUUUGCUUCAGUGAUUGAAAUGUUCUUAGUCGACUGCAGUUUAAUAAAGAUAUUCCGUGCA